AUUAGUGACAUCGAUAGUAAAUGACAAUACUACAAGUAUUUAAGUAAGGUUAGUGUUUUAUUUGGGUCAGAAAACUGGAAUUUUGUAUUAACUUCUGUUAAAUUCAGACAAAGAUGAUUCAACAAUAAACUUGUUGUGAAGUUCAUGAAUUUUUAAAUACAGUAUUAGAAGUAUGUAUCUAUACUGUGUUCAGUACGAUUCUAUUUUUGAAACUUGAUUAACCCAAAAAACAGAUGUAAUAUCAGCCAAUUUUUAUGCAAAACAAAAUGGAUAGAGAAAAAGAUGACAGAAAACUUACUUGGUCCGAACUCAAAGGGGUCGUUAGUGAUCUAAGAAGACAACUUUCUAGUUUGUCUACCAUGGUACCAACUUCUAUAACAUUUAGGACUUUACAAGAUGGUAGAUCUAGAAUAUAUUUUUUGAGCACUCCUCAAAAUGGUUGGGAGACUACUUUACUGUUUGCUGAUGUACCUAAUACUAAUCAACCAACUAGUUUAAGAUUGCAGUGGCAGUGUGUAAUAGAAUCAAAUUUUCCAAGUAUUUCAUCAUCAAAUAAGUUUUCUAGGGAAGAACAACUGUUGUGGGAGCGAAAACGAAUGACAACCUGGGGUAUAAAUUCAUAUGAAAUUCACAGUGAAUCUGGAAAAAUAGUUUUUCCAGCUGCCAGCAGUUUAUUUCAAUGUGUAGACAAUGGUUAUUCAAAUGGCCAACUGUUUCCUACAAAACUUCGUAUGACUGCCUCCGGAGCAAAAAUAAACUCUCAAAUAUGCCCUUCAAAUCCAGAUUUGGUAGCUUAUAUUUGUAAUCAUGACAUAUGGAUAACACAUACAGUAUCUGGAUCAAAUGUUAGAUUAACAUAUGCCCACAAAGGUGGAAGAAAUUUGGCUGAUGACCCUCUUUGUGCUGGAGUACCUUCUUAUGUUAUGCAAGAAGAGUUUUCUAGAUACCAAGGAUAUUGGUGGCAACCAAAAUCAGCUGGUGGUGUGUAUAGAAUUUUGUAUGAAGAAGUAGAUGAAGGUGAUGUCAAAGUUUUUUGUUUUCCGUCAUCUCAAUCCGAUUCUGGGGAAGUGGAAGAAUUUCGAUUUCCACGAGCUGGCUGUGCCAAUUCUAAGUCAUAUCUCAAGAUGAUAGAAUUUAAAGUUAAUGAACACCUUCAAAUAGUAGAUGUUUGUAUGUUAGAGUUGCAAUUCUCUCUUUCUUUAUUAUUUCCUUGGAUGGAGUAUGUAGUAAGAGCAGGAUGGACACCAAAUGCAGAAUACAUUUGGGUUCAAAUGUUGGAUAGACGCCAACAAAAAUUAGAAUUAGUAUUACUUUCCCUCAGUAAUUUCACUGAAGUGCUUCCUAUCUAUGAAGAUACUAGUAUUGUUCAUCACAGUAGUCCAAUAGUACAAGUUAUAUUUUCCCAAGAGUCAAAUAUAUGGAUUAAUGUACAUGACUUAUUGCACUUCUUGCCGACAACUGACAAUAAUGAGGUACAGUUUAUUUGGGCCUCUGAAGAAACUGGCUUCCGGCAUCUGUAUUUGAUCUCAGCACAAAUAUUGCCAUAUACUAAUGGGAUAGUGGAAACUACAGAAACAAUGGAUUAUGUCUUUCUUCAGCCAAAAAUUUUAUCUAAAGUGGCAUUAACUCUUGGUGAUUGGGAGGUAUUGGGUGAAAAUCUUUGGGUUGAUAAUGAAAGACAGUUAGUAUAUUUUAUGGGUUUAAAAGAAACUCCUUUGGAAAAACAUUUGUAUGUAGUUUCGUUGAGAAGGCCCGGUGAAAUUAGAUUAUUAACGAGGCCUGGAUAUUCUUAUUCUGUGGAUUUUAAUAAAGAUUGCUCAAUGAUAGUAACAGUGUACAGCAAUAUACAGAGGCCACCGGACUGCCAAGUAUUUAAAAUAGUUCAUACAGACUGGACUGUGGAAGGUGUUACUUUAACUCCUUUAGGCUAUCUUAUGGAGACCCCACCAUUACUCAGUGAAUGUUAUUCUCCUGAAUUAUUUACUCAUGAAAUUAGUUCGGGGCAUGUUUUAUAUGCCAUGGUAUUCAAACCCCAUGAUUUUGAAAUUGGGAAGAAAUAUCCAACUGUUUUAAAUGUAUAUGGGGGACCUGAGGUGCAAUUAGUAUCAAAUACUUUCAAGGGCAUGAGGCAAUUAAGGAUGCACAUGUUGGCUGCUAGGGGUUACUGUGUAGUAGCCAUAGAUUCUCGAGGAUCUCAGCACCGAGGAUUACAGUUUGAGAGUUAUAUAAAAAGACGGAUGGGUACUGUAGAAUUGAAAGAUCAAGUAGAAGUUUUAAAAUGGUUGUCCGAAAGUCUUAACUAUAUAGAUUUAAAUAGAGUCGCUAUUCAUGGUUGGUCUUAUGGCGGUUAUUUAAGUUUAAUGGGUCUAAUUAAUUAUCCAGACGUGUUCAAAAUAGCUAUAGCAGGAGCUCCUGUAACAAAUUGGAAUUUGUAUGACACAGGGUAUACAGAAAGAUAUAUGGAUUUACCUGAAUAUAAUCCUGAAGGGUAUCAUGAUGGGAACGUUUUGAAUUAUAUCAGCAAAUUUCCUGAAGAGGAAAACCGAUUGCUGAUCAUCCACGGUUUAAUAGAUGAAAAUGUACACUUCUACCAUACUAGCCAGCUGAUUAAUAGCCUUAUAAAAGGUGGAAAACCGUAUCAAUUGCAAAUUUAUCCCAACGAAAGGCAUUCUCUGCGCCACCUUGAUGCUAGCAAACAUUAUGAAACUACUUUAUUAUCAUUUUUACAAAACAAUUUGUAGAAAUAAU